GUGAACAUGCUCAAGGUCAGUCUAGCGUCGCUCUAAGGUCGUCCAUAAGUUGUGAUCUCACUGCUUGUGAUGCUUUCUUGUAGCCUUGUUGACGUCACAGUUACCAGCCCAAGCUUUGUUGAUAUGGAAAUGUUCUACUUAUGGGUACAUGGACGAACUAUUUCUCAGGCUUGCACAAUCAUGGCCCAAUCGCCUUCAGUAGAGGAGUAUGGUAUGACAAACGAUAUGUUGGCCGCACAUGUCAGAGACCACUUUGCUCAAUUCACACUUUUGGAAUCAGGUUUACGACAUCCGAAUUCUUUCAUGCAAGAUUGUGCAUACCACCAGCUUACACCAGAAACUCGCAAACAAUUGAUUCACUUAUACUAUUCCCUUGAUGAGAGUUUUUUACGUGAAUUUGUUGGCAGAAGGUUAUCAAAUAAAUCCCGACGGGAAUUAUCUGAUAUUGCAGAAAGAUGUGAACUUCAACUAAGGAGUUGUAAAAGGCAGUUUGAUAAUUUGUCGUGUGUCGCCCGCCGGACUGAAGAUUUACCUGGUCCACUAACAGAUAAUAUAAAGAAUUGUUUUCUUCUACCAGAAUGGCUUGCCGAAUGUUAUGCCGCUGUUAUAUUUAUUGCAAGUAACAGAUUUGAAACGUCUAAGAAGUGUCUUUCAUAUCUUACUUUUGAGAACUUGGCAUACUGUGCAGGUCAGCUAAUGACUCAUUGGUCAACUAGUGGUAAAGAUCAGAAAGGUGAAACGGUUGUUAGUAUUGAUUUGGACCUUCAAUUUUUUCAUGAUCUUAAAGAAUGUAAACCACUGAUUGAGAAAAAAGAAUAUUUAGAUAAGCAUAAACUACUUGUUAUUCGCAAUCUCUCUGAAAUUCAAGCAAAAAUCAUUCUAACAAAUUUAGACUCCAACUUCAAACCUAUCUCCAAAGCAGUGAUAAAUUUAGCCUGUGGUCUAAGCCACGCUCGAGAAAUGCGAAACUUUUUCUUGGACAUUAUUGAAAAGUUAAUUGAACCAAUGCGAGCACUGAACUGGCCAUCAAGAGAAGUUAAAAUGUUUUUCGAUGCUUAUCAUAAUACAGUUAAGGCUCUACCUCUUGGAAGAUCCUCAACUUUCCUCACUUUAUGGACACGUUUCAUCAUUCCAUUUUCGAAUUGUGUAAUCCACUUAUAUCAUAAUCAAUCUAUGUGAAUAAAAACGAUAAUUCACAAUAAUUUCUAUGCAGCAACAACAAUUACCAUUUUAGGACAAAUCGAGUUCAUUCCAUGUCGUGUGCUCUAAUUCUCUCAUGUACGCACUAGUUUGUAUCAAUACAUAAAAUGUUUUACAUUGUAGCUAUAUGUGUAUGAAGUCAUUUAGUUCACCACUAAAAUAUAGUUAUAACUUCUUUUAAUGUGGAGUCUUUAAUCACUGAUUUCCCACCAGAAGAGACCGUUGACAUGCAGUCAUGCUGUACUUGCAAUAGUACGUACUUUGGAAUAUCAUAGAGACUUAUCUAAAAGAACCUCGGGAUAUACGCCGAAUAACUUGGUCGUGAAUUGCUCCAAACUACCUGGUGGUGUCAUAGGAAGACAUAAAUUGGACACUAAUCAUCCAGUAAAUCCUGAUACUACCUUCCAUGUGAUAAAUAUACAGGACUAUUUCAGAGUCCUACUUAUGCAGAAGGCGCUGUUGUCAGGUGUCUCAACAUGAAUUUGUGUGUACAACAGGAACUUGUGGUUUACUUGACACUCGAGGUGACCGUUUUGCUGAUAACCUUCCCUUCCAUUUUUCCUCUAUCAUCUUUAAAGAUAUUUUAGACUGUCAGCAAUUUCUUAAAUCUGCUUAGUUUGCCUAACCUCACUUUCAUUUGAUCACAGUAACACAUUCAUUGUUCAUUUUAGUCAUUUUCAUUCCUGAUUUGUGGUUAUUACAACUGGUGUUGUUAUUUUAGCACUAUUCAAUAAAAUGUUUGACCUCUUAUCUAUUUAGUAUUUUGUUUUCGCAUAUCCUCUUCAACUAUUAUUGUCAUUAUUAGUGUUAUUAUCACCAUUAUGAUCACUUUUAUAAUUGAUUUUCGGUUGUUACCAUCGAUUUCAUCAUUCUGUCUACUAUAAUCAUAAAAAUUUGUACUUGCUUCUUCUGCCCAUUCACGUCAUAUCCUUCCCCUCACUUAAUCUGUCUUGAACGAGAAUACAAGCGGAAACAAUCGAAUGUAUUUUAAUACAAAAUAACAGAACAUCUUAGUAAAAUCUGAGAACCAUACAGUAAAUAAUUCAUUUGAAAAAUGUCCAUCAAUUGUCUCAGACUUUAAUGUUCCUUUAUUUUUGUACCAAUCCUUCUUUGUUCUCGUCCUCUUCUCUUCGAUCUUCUCAACCUACUGCCGCCAGGUAUUCCAUUUUCCAUUGAUGAUACAUACUAGUUAUAUCUGUAAACAUCAGCAGAAUACACCACAAUCCAUUCACCCAUAAACUAGACUUGUACGAAUAGGGUAAGUAUUUAUAAUUAUUCUCUAUUGAUGAACUAAUUUACUUCAUACAUGUUACACAUACGGUUACAAUGUAAAAUGUUUUACCUAUUGAUACAAAUCAGUGGGUACGUGAAGGAAUUAGAGCACGUUAAAUGACAUUAGCUAAAUUCAUUUCGGAAUAUUGAUUGUUCUUCAUGUACAAAUGGUUAUUGGUGGGACUUAGUGCGUAGAACAAUAACUUUGAUCAAUAUUUUUUAAUAUUUGUACUUUACUAAUUGUUUUGUGAAUCUCGUAAAUUAUCUGUGAUAAUAAAAUAAUUGUUUCUUUAUCUUAAA